AACCUCUCUAGGUCAUGCCCCAAUUUGGAGGCAUUUAGAACUCCGAGCAGUGGGUCGCUUUCGCCUCAUUCACACCCCACCUAGGCAGGUCCAUCAAAGAGCACCCUAUCCAGGGACCACCUUUUUUUCCCUGGGAUUCCGCGCUUCCGCCUCCGGGGCGGAGACUUCCUCCCCUUGCAGUCCCAGUUGUGUUCCCUGGAAGAGCAGGCAGGACGGGCGAGAAGCCAGGUCCUCCUCGGGUUCCAGGAACUGCCGCGCAGUGAGCGCUUCAGCCCUGGGGGCCGCAAGCCCCACCUGGGUGCAGGCGGCUGCGCGGCUUCAGCACCACGGACAGCGCUCCUUCCGCAGCCCUGGUGUCAGCGAGGCCACGCGCUAUGCUGACGGCAUGGCCUGGCGCUCCAGCUCUACGGUGUUGCUGCUCGGCUUCGCCCUCCUUUGGCUGUGCUCAGGGGUUUUGGCUACCGACACAGAGGAGCGAUUAGUGGAGCAUCUCCUGGAUCCCUCUCGCUACAACAAACUCAUUCGCCCAGCUACUAAUGGCUCUGAGCUGGUGACUGUGCAGCUCAUGGUAUCACUGGCUCAGCUCAUCAGUGUGCAUGAGCGGGAGCAGAUCAUGACCACCAACGUCUGGCUGACCCAGGAGUGGGAAGAUUACCGCCUCACAUGGAAACCUGAGGACUUCGACAAUAUGAAGAAAGUCCGGCUCCCUUCUAAACACAUCUGGCUCCCAGAUGUGGUUCUAUACAACAAUGCGGACGGCAUGUACGAGGUAUCCUUCUACUCCAACGCUGUGGUCUCCUAUGACGGCAGCAUCUUUUGGUUACCACCUGCCAUCUAUAAGAGCGCAUGCAAGAUUGAGGUGAAGCACUUCCCAUUUGACCAGCAGAACUGCACCAUGAAGUUUCGAUCCUGGACCUACGACCGCACCGAGAUCGACCUGGUACUCAAAAGUGACGUGGCCAGCCUGGACGACUUCACACCCAGUGGGGAGUGGGACAUCAUUGCACUGCCAGGCCGGCGCAACGAGAACCCAGAUGACUCCACCUACGUGGACAUCACCUAUGACUUCAUCAUUCGUCGCAAACCGCUUUUCUACACCAUCAACCUCAUCAUCCCCUGCGUACUCAUCACCUCGCUGGCCAUCCUGGUCUUCUACCUGCCGUCAGACUGUGGGGAGAAGAUGACACUCUGCAUCUCUGUGCUGCUGGCGCUCACAGUCUUCCUGCUGCUCAUCUCCAAGAUCGUGCCUCCCACCUCCCUUGACGUACCACUGGUGGGAAAGUACCUCAUGUUUACCAUGGUGCUAGUCACCUUCUCCAUCGUCACUAGCGUGUGUGUGCUCAAUGUGCACCACCGCUCGCCCACCACGCACACCAUGGCACCCUGGGUCAAGGUGGUCUUCCUGGAGAAGCUGCCCACCCUGCUCUUCCUGCAGCAGCCACGCCACCGCUGUGCACGGCAGCGCCUGCGCUUGAGGAGGCGCCAGCGCGAGCGUGAGGGCGCAGGGACACUUUUCUUCCGUGAGGGCCCUGCGGCUGACCCAUGCACCUGCUUUGUCAACCCCGCAUCAGUGCAAGGCUUGGCUGGGGCGUUCCGGGCUGAGCCCACACCUGGAGCCGGCCCCGGGCGCUCGGUGGGGCCAUGCAGCUGCGGCCUCCGGGAGGCAGUGGAUGGCGUACGCUUCAUUGCAGACCAUAUGCGAAGCGAGGAUGACGACCAGAGUGUGAGGGAGGACUGGAAAUAUGUUGCUAUGGUGAUCGACCGCCUGUUCCUCUGGAUCUUUGUCUUCGUCUGUGUCUUUGGCACCAUCGGCAUGUUCCUGCAGCCUCUCUUCCAGAACUACACUGCCUCCACCUUCCUCCACCCUGACCGCUCAGCUCCCAGCUCCAAGUGAGGCUCACUCAUCUGUAGCUCCUCGCCCCGUGCCCCCUGGGGUUCAGUAGUGUUGGGUGGAGGAUGGAUCUGUCCCCACUCCGCUGACACCCUGCUUCGCCCCUUCAUUCCCACACAGCCCUCCAGCCUGGAGGCUGGGCUAGCUGCCUCAGUGUUCAAGCACCCUCCUUCCCCUCUGAGCUAAUUCAGGCAGUAGUGUUAAUGGUGAGGGCCAAGGCUGGCAAGUAGAGCCAUCCGUCCUGAGGAGGGGGUUGGAGAAGGGACCAAGAAAGGGACAGAGUUGCCUUCAAGUCAUGGAAGAAGAGAAGAAGAUUCUCCAGUCAGGCUGACCAGUCCUGGUCUGGUCAGUGAUUGUGUCCACUUAAGUGGACAGCAGCUGGUCUGCAAGGACUUGCACUUUUCGGGAUCCUCCUGAGAGCUCCUAGUCUCCUGGGGAGUUUGAGUUCAGUCUUAUAGCCUGUGCCUGGGCAGGGUUUGGGGGCUCCAGAGCCCAGGUCCAAGUUCCCUUCUGCCAGUGCAGAACUUUGUGCCCCUAGGUUUUCCUCUCCUUCCUUUCUCACUUGGGAAAGGUGAGGUGUUAAAGAAGCCUUUGAAGGUCAUGAGCUGGGUGAGAAGUCUAGGCUCACAGCAUCAGAAGAACUUUGACACUGCUGGUUUCCAGUGGAAGCCAUGUUACGGAGUUGGAACAGGCCUGGAAGGUGAGCCCCUUCCUCCUUGCCCCAAGGUCACAGACUGCUUGAAGGACACAAGCGACAGACAUCUCAACUGUGCCUCAGUGUGUUUCCUAGCUAUCAGGUAGCUCAUGGGCAUCUCUGCUUGGUGGCAGGAGAGACCUCCUUCUACUAGAACAGGAAAUUCCAGGUUGCCUGCAUGAGGCCUUCCCUCUCCCUCCAUAAACUUCCAGGCCCAGAGAAAGCAACCGGAGUUAUAAGCAGCACCUGGACAGGUGUUGCCCCUGUAGAGGGUAGCACCAGUGCAGGCUGCUCAGCCUCUGGGGACCCACCAGCUGCUGAUGUGACUACCCUUGACUUUACUACCUCCUGUAACUGGCUGUUGUCUGAAUUAGUCACUGGCCAGGCCCAGAAAGGUCAGUGAGCAGUUUGUCCAACUCCUUUCCACAUCCUGUUGAACUUAUCGGGCAAACAGUGCCUACCUUAGAACAUGCUGUCAGCAUUUGCACAGUGGAAACAGAGGUAGGCAGGGCUGUAAUGGGUGGAAAGGACCCAUGUGUGUGAUGGGUCACAGGGCAGUGCUGCUCCCACCAUUUAUGGUGCAGCCUUUGGAGGAAGACUGCAAUGGGGGAGGGGUGGAAGGAAGCCAUGGUGUAUCAGGACAUCAUGAACCCUGGAGGAUACUGGGAGGCUUUGGGGAAACUCAGUCCCUGCCAUUUCAGGGACUUCUGUCUCUACCUUCAGUGAUGUUGGGAAGCUCCUUGCUAUGUGGAGCUAGCUGUCUCUGGAGAGAAUCAGGUACCUGAUUUGGUGAGCCUAGAUGGGAACUUGGGACAGGGUUGCAUGGGCGUGGCAGUGAAGAAAGGAGCUGGGGAUUUCCAGCCAAGCUAAGUUGCAGUAACCGCCUGCCUUUGCCUAGAAAGCUGGCCCACAGGCUCCCUGCCUCUGUGGAGACCUACAAGUCUGGAGCAGCUGGUGCCAAGAGUGCAGAAAGCAGACAGGACACAG